AUGACUUUUCCUGAUGAAAACGGAUUUUCCGCUGGUGAUGCACCAAGAGGCAGAGGUGUUCUAGAACAUACAAUAUCACAGGCUUACGCCGAUGGUGGUAUAAAGGCGGGUGCUGCUCGUGCAGCCAGGCUCGCUUAUGGAGUUCUCUCAAGACGUAAAGCGGCAGAGGAGGGUGUAGCGAGGCUCGCGAGGGUACUGUCAGCACUUGACCUGACAGCCCUCGGUGUAGGCAGCACACUGGGUGUGGGGGUGUACGUCCUAGCUGGUGAUGUAGCCAAGAAUUAUGCUGGGCCAGCUGUGGUUCUAUCGUUUCUUUUGGCUGCUGUCGCUAGCGUUUUCGCCGGUCUCUGUUACGCUGAAUUCGGUGCUCGCGUACCGAAGGCCGGCUCCGCUUACGUUUACAGUUACGUCUGUGUUGGAGAGUUCAUUGCCUUUAUUAUUGGAUGGAAUUUGAUAUUGGAGUAUAUUAUAGGCGCGGCGUCCGUAGUGAAGGCUCUCAGUGAGUACCUGGACUCGCUGCUGGACAAGUCCAUCUCCAGUCAGCUGUACUCGUGGAUGCCGAUGGACUCGCCUCACCUCGCCAAGUACCCGGACCUGUUCGCCUUCCUCGUCAUCAUGCUGUUCUCUGUGGGUCUAGCAUUCGGAGUGAAGGAGUCAACAAAAUUCAAUAACUUCUGUACGGGUGUGAAUCUGUGUGUAGUGCUGUUUGUCAUUAUAUCUGGAUCAUUCAAAGCUGAUACAAAGAACUGGCGCAUUCCUGAGUCCGAGGUGCCUCACGACGGGAAAAAGAACUUCGGUAGCGGAGGGUUCGCCCCAUAUGGCUUGGCCGGGGUCGUGAAAGGUGCUGCGGUGUGCUUCUAUGGGUUCAUUGGGUUCGACUGUGUAGCGACGGCCGGUGAGGAGGCUCGUCGUCCUCAGAAGUCCAUUCCAUUCGCCGUGGUGGUGUCGCUUCUAGUGGUGUUUCUCGCGUACUUCGGCGUAUCUUCAGUACUAACCCUCAUGAUGCCGUACUACAUGCAGGACGAGAAAGCUCCGUUCCCGUUCGUGUACGACCAGCUCGGCUGGACGUGGGCCAAGUACGCCGUCAGUGUGGGAGCGAUAUGUGCUUUAUUGUCUAGUCUCCUAGGAGCCGUGUUCCCCCUCCCUCGUAUCAUCUACGCGAUGUCUUCGGACGGUCUGUUGUUCCGUUGGCUGGGAGCCGUCAGUGAGAAACAUCAGACGCCGCUCGUGGGGACCAUGGUCGCUGGUCUGCUUACUGGAACCCUGGCCAUGAUCUUCGAGCUGGAGCAGCUGAUCCACAUGAUGUCUAUCGGGACGCUGCUGGCCUACUCUAUGGUCGCCUCAUGUGUUAUGCUGCUAAGAUACCAGAGCUCGCCCCACCGUCCCCCCGAGCCGCUCCGUCCGUCUGUGCGCGUCGUUCUCCGUCAGUGUGUGAACAUGGACCGCGUGACGUCACCCAGCGCGCUCAGCUCCACCGUGGCCAGUACACUCGUCACGCUGUACGGAAUAUGGUCUCUGGUGCUUAUGAACAGUAUCCACCAACGUGGCGAGGCGCUCCUAGCGGGUGAGCCGGCGGCCGUCUGCGAGGUGAUAGUAGGCGCCGCGCUGGUUGUGUUCACACUGUUCGCGAUAUCAAGACAACCUGUGUCUGAAAAGAAAUUGGCAUUUUCGGUGCCGUUGGUGCCGUGGCUGCCUGGUGUGAGUGUGUUGUUGAACGUGUACCUCAUGUUGAACCUCGACCACGCCACGUGGAUACGAUUUGCUGUCUGGAUAGCGGCCGGUGAUUAA